UACUUUUAUUUUUUUCUCUGUUCAGAUGAUGACAGUGAGCCUAUUCUGGGGCAAUGGUUUGAGGAGACCAUCUCCCCCAGUAAAGAGAAAGUGGCACCUCCACCUCCUCCCCCGCCCCCUCCGCUGGAGAGCUCUCCUCGAGUUAAAAGCCCCAGUAAACAGGCCCCCGGUGAGAAGGGCAACAUUUUGGCUAGUCGCAAAGAUCCUGAGCUGUUCUUAGGUCUGGCUUCCAACAUUUUGAACUUCAUCACUUCUUCCAUGCUGAACUCGCGGAACAAUUUUAUCCGAAACUACCUGAGUGUGUCUCUCUCAGAACACCACAUGGCCACCCUGGCCAGCAUCAUUAAGGAGGUGGACAAAGAUGGACUCAAGGGUUCAUCAGAUGAAGAGUUUGCUGCUGCUCUUUAUCACUUCAACCACUCUCUGGUAACUUCUGACCUUCAGUCACCCAACCUGCAGAACACGCUGUUGCAGCAGCUGGGAGUAGCACCUUUCUCUGAGGGCCCUUGGCCCUUGUACAUUCACCCUCAAAGCCUCUCUGUGCUUUCACGCCUUUUGCUCAUCUGGCAACAUAAAGCUGGCGCUCAAGGUGAUCCUGAUGUCCCUGAAUGCCUUAAAGUUUGGGACAGGUUUUUGUCGACAAUGAAGCAGAAUGCCCUGCAAGGGGUGGUGCCCAACGAGACGGAAGAUUUGAAUGUAGAACAUCUGCAGCUGCUCCUUCUCAUUUUUCACAAUUUCACUGAGAAAGGCCAGCGGGCCAUACUGACCCUUUUUGUGCAGAUCAUCCAGGAGUUGAGUGCCAACAUGGAUGCGCAGGCGCGCUCCGUGCCUCUCAUCCUGGCUCGCCUCCUUCUGAUCUUUGAUUAUCUGCUUCAUCAGUACUCCAAAGCCCCUGUGUAUCUGUUCGAGCAGGUACAGAUGAACACACUGUUUUUGCUUUACUAG